UUUUUCUUUUUUUUCGCUUCUCUUUUAGUAUCGAGUCGCAUGUUUUCAACAGCUCAGUUUCGUUUGGAAAAUGACUGGGCGUCCAUCACGUAUUACGUACCUCUUGGCCAUCAUCUGGGCCUCGUCCGUCUUCCUUCAGUCAAGCCUUUCUGCUAGCGUGAGAACGAAGCGCAGCAUCGGUUCGUUCGGGGACAUGAUUCGGUUUACCACGCGGAUGGAGGCCCUGCUUUUCAAUAAUUACGGAAAUCACUGCGGCAGUGGCGACACUGGCACUCAGCCCAUCAUUGACGCAAUAGACCGAUGUUGUCGGAAACACGACCAGUGUUACGAAAGUCUAGCCAGCGGCCCUUGUUCCUCAUCCUUCUUCGGUCCGUAUUUCACUUUCUAUACCUGGACCAUCUCCAACGCCGGAUCUAAUGGCAGCAGGAGCAGCAGCCAGCAGCCGGAAGCUUCUGCUAUCGAAUGCGGUGACACGGAUGUCUGCAAACUGGCUACUUGCAACUGCGACCGGACGGCCGCCCAGUGUAUGGGCCGACAUUCAGCCUCUUACAACACCGCCAACAAACGCGGCAGCAUCUGGGACUGGCUUAUUUAAUCGUUGCACCAGCAACGACCCAAAAAACUUUACGAACUGAACUUUAUGGCUAUUACAAGAUAUACGAGUAUACAUGGCAAUAAUAAUAAAGAUAGUCUAACGUCGUCCCUUUUUCUUCCACCUGAUCACCCCCGGUGAAUUCCAGACUCUCCUUACAAUCUACAUAAAACGUGACGUUGUGAACGCGGCCAAACAACGACAUUUCGGUCAUUUCUUCCUCCUCUUCUUCUUAUUGUUAUUAUUGAAAAAUUCUUCUUCGCGGGUGAUAAAAUAAAUCAUGCUGAGCAACGUCAUUCGCCGAACUAUGACGCAAUAAAACUGUCUUGUUAUCGAUGAUACAUCACUUAUUACUUG